UACUGAGAUAAAUAAUUUUCAAAAAUAAAAGUGAGGGGCUGCCAAAUUGUGUGGAAUGGAAGUAACUUUGGGACUAAAAUGAGUGAUGACUCUGGAAAUGAGGGACAAUUCAGAGUUAUACCUCUUAGCACCCCUACAGACACUAGGCCUGAUGGGGUCUGCUCUGUCAUGGCCUAAUCCUGUACUCAUUGAAGUCACUGGAAUGAUUCCCAUUGAGUUCACUGAUGGCUGGAUCAGGCCCUCAUGCCAGUGUAAACCCAGAGUAACUCCACUGACUUGAAGUUAGUAACUCUGGAUUUACAUUGUGUAGUUAAGGGAAGUAUGUAGCUACACUAAGUACAGAUUUACAAAUGUGGGUUUAAAUUAUCCCUACUGUCACGGGGUAGGUACACCCCAUCACAGGGUGUCGGAUUGCAGGGGGUUAUCCAAGUGGAUAUUUGACAGCCCAAGUGGCCUGGGUGUAUGUUGUGGCCCUGAAGCUCAGGGCAGUAUUGCCCAAUGGCCAGAAUCAGUAAGGCUGUCUUUCUGUGGCAAAGUUCACCCCUCUGGGCAUCGGCUGCCCCCGAUGGCAGGACAACCAGGGUAGGGGGACCCGGGCCCACCCUUCUCCCCUGGGUCCUGACCCACGGCCCUAGGGAACCGGCACUUCUAUUAUCAGUCUUGGUCACCCAUUAAUACAGUUCUGUUCGCUGGGCCACUUCAUAGCCUCAUGGCUUCUGCUGUCUCUCCACUGCUUCGGCGGCGGGUGUGUUGGAGUCUCAACCCAACUGGCUUCUGUGUCCUAGAGCUCUGGCAGCCUCCCAGCUGGAGCCUUCAACACACAUCUGCUCUCAUCAGUGGCCAGACGAGACUCAGCUGAACUACUCCCUUUUAUACUUUGGUUCUAGUUAGAGCAUGCCCAGCAGAGGUGAAGGGGUGUGGCUUCUUCAGCCCCCAGCUUGUGGGUAACUCCUGCUGGACCGGUGCGGGAUAGGUACACCUACUGAAUGGUUUUUACAAAAAUGUUCUGUUCUCAUAUUCAAGGGCAUAUUUCUCUUAAUCCUUUUCGCAGGUCAUGGCAAAGCAAGAGCAGCCUGGUCUUUUGAUCCUUGAAAUAGGAGGUGUAUGUGGUGUGCUGGAAGGCCAUGUGGAGCUCUUGAAGAAACACUUUCACCUUAUCACCAUGAAGGAAUUUCUUAAAAACAAAGAAAGAUUGAGUGAAAAGAUCAAAUCUGUUUUCAUAUAUGCGGGCAGACCAGUUGUUGACCGGGAGCUCCUCCAGAGCCUACCUCACUUAAAGGUGAUUGCAAGCUCGGGGGUAGGAGUGAAUCACUUGGACUUAAAAUUGAUUUCGAGCUUUGGAGUUAAAGUGACCAAUACUCCACACGCUGUUUCUGACUCCACAGCAGACUUUGGGAUGGCCUUGAUGCUGGCAUCUGCCAGAAGGCUAGUGGAAGGUUGUCAGAUUGCAGUUUCUCCACAGACUGAGCAUUUUGCUGCUGACUGGCUGGGAGAUGAAGUCACUGGGGCUACUCUCGGUAUCAUCGGCAUGGGCAGCAUUGGGUAUAAGGUGGCCAAGAGGGCCAAAGCUUUUGAAAUGAAAAUUCUGUACCACAACAGGAACCAGAGGUGAAAGUGCAUGUGAUGCGAACUAGAGCAGAUUAUAUUUUUGAUUCUUUUAAAAGUUAUACAUAGAUCUUUUUGUUACAAAACCUGCCCAAAGAACCUCUUUCCCAGUUUAUGCCAAAUCCUCCUUGCCUCAUUCCAGUGAGAAUUCCCUUCAUUGUCAGGGGUCAGAAUUUUCAAAUUUGGCUGCCACAAGUUAGGUGCCUAAAUCCAUAUUUAGAUACUUAAAUGAGCACUCUGAUUUUCAAACGUCCUGAGCAACCACAGUUCCUGUUGAUUUCAGAGGGAGCUGUGAGUAGUCAGCACUUUUGAAAAUCAGGUCACUUAUUUAUUUACAUG